AUGGUGGCCAUCUACAGAGCCCUCAAGCUCAUGACAACAAAAAAGUCCCUAAAAACAGCAGCGGUGCUCAGCGAUUCGAAGUCGGCACUAAUGUGCCUGGCCGACCCGAACGGUCUGAACCCUAUAGCCCAAAAAAUUCGUGAAAAGAUUGCGGAUCUCACAGCCUCUGGGGGACAAAUAAGCAUGUUUUGGGUGAAAGCACAUGACACGAUCCCUGGCAAUGAGAGAGCGGACGAAUUAGCAAAGGAAGCUGCAACAAAACUAAAAGGUAGACAUGCAUACGACCUGUUCCCGCUCUCUCACGCCAAAAGAAUUCUAAGGGAUGCGACAAUCUUAGAAUGGCAGGCAAGAUACGAGGAAGCUGCCGCGGGCGGAACAACAAGGAUGUUCUUCCCUGAGGUAAGAAAGGCCCACAAAAUAAUCAAAAAGAUCAGAAUGGACAACUGCUUAGCCCAACUAUUUACCGGACACGGAGGCUUCAGGUCGUACCUCUACAAGAGAAAAAUUUGCAGCACCCCUUAUUGCGUGUGUGACGACCAAACCGAGGAAACGGUAGAACAUAUCCUAUUUGACUGCCCGAGGUUCAGCAAAUUAAGGCAUGAUAUAGAAAAUGAGACGGACACCAAUAUAGAGAAGCACAAUCUGCCCAUAAUCAUUGAGGAUGAUCGCCACAGGAAAAAGUUUUUAUCCUACGCAAGGAAAGUCGUUCAGAAAGCUGGUGUGGCAAACGGGGCGAACUACAAUUAG